AUGAACACAGUAAAUUAUUUAGAUUCUUUACCAAAAGAUUUAAAUUCUACGCUUAUAAAUAUUCAAUCAUGGUUUAUUCCUAUCGAUAUUCUAGUACUUAUAUGCCUUUUCUUGACUAUUCUAUUAGCUUCAUUAUUUUUAUAUAUUAUUUUUAUCGAUAAAAAAUGUCAUACAAUUCCAAUGAUGUUUGUAGCUAAUUCAUGUUUAGCUUGUCUUUCAUUUACGAUUAUUAUGUUUUGGGUGACAAUUAUUAUGCUUCACAAUGAUCUUAAUCAAAUUUCAUAUGCAGAUUCAUUUUGUAUUUUUCGAGGUUAUAUCAGUUAUGUUACCGCAAGUGAAUUAUUCUAUGCAUAUUUCUUACAAGCUAUUUAUAGUUAUAUAAAAGUUGUUUAUCCUUCUCGAUUAAUUUGGCAAUCAGUGAGGAUGCAAAUUUUUCUUAUUGUUAUAACAUGGAUAUCUCCUUUUAUAUGCAUUUUACCACAUGUACUUACUCAUGAAAUUAAAUAUCAAGUUGAUGAUCAAAUAUGUCAGAUGCUACUUCAUCUUUCCGUUGUAACCGUUUAUAAUGUAUUUUAUAUCUAUAUAAUACCAAUGAGUGGAAUUGUUAUAAUUUAUAUAAAAUUAGUUCGAUAUGUUAAAAAUAUGCGUCGACGUGUUACACCUGCUAAUACUUUAAUUCGUGCACAAAGAGAAUUAAAAAUGGUUUAUCGAAUAAUUAUUCUUCUAUUGAUUUUAUUAAUACUUGGUUUACCUAUUACAAUUUUUGUUUUUAUAGGAUUUAUUGGUGAACCAUCAAAUUAUCAUUUGCGUAAAGCGUAUACAUCCGUUGGAAUCUCGUUAAUAUUUGUAAUAAUUGCAUUAUUUAAAUUUACAGAUCCAGUUAAAAAUUCAAUAAUGAAAAAAUUGAAACGACGAUCGAAUAUUGUGGUAGCUAUAAUGGCAUAA